AUGGCCUCCGCACUAGUGCGCCCAGGGCUCCCUGGCAACGAAGACCUGAUGCGGAUGCAGCAAGGGACCAUGAUGUGCAAGGUGAGGUCGAAAAACUGGAAGAAGCAGCGAUUCUUCAAGCUCCACGAAGAUGGCAUGACCGUGUGGCAUUCCCGGCAAGUCGGAAGCAGCACCAAACUCAGCUUCUCCAUCUCCGACGUGGAGACGGUGCGGCUGGGCGCGGAGUCCGAGUUGCUUCGCAGCCUGGAGGACGAGUCGGCCCUGAUUCAGGGCUUCACCGUGGUCUUCCAUGGCCGGCGCGACAACCUGGACCUGGUGGCCAAUAGCGUGGAGGAAGCCCACAUCUGGAUGGAGGGCCUCCAGCUGCUGAUAGACUUCGUCAAGAACAUGGACCAACAGGAGCGACAGGACCAAUGGUUGAGUGACUUGUUCCAGCGCGGAGACAGAAACCAGGAUGGCAGAAUGACGUUCCAGGAAACCAAGCGCUUACUGCACCUGAUGAACAUAGACAUGGACGAAGAUUACGCCUUCCAGCUUUUCCAGGAUGCUGACACCUCUGAGUCCGGCACUCUGGAGGGAGAAGAAUUCGUGCAGUUCUACAAGGUGCUGACCAAGCGCGUGGAGGUGCGCGAGCUGUUCCGAAGCUUCUCGGCCGAUGGACAGAAGCUGACCCUGCUGGAAUUUGCCGAUUUCCUGCAAGAGGAGCAGAAGGAAGGGGAGCAGGCAACCGACCUGGCCCUGGAGCUCAUCGGCCGCUAUGAGCCCUCUGAGAGUGGCAAAAGGCGGUGUGUCCUGAGCUUGGACGGCUUCCUGAGUUACCUCUGCUCGAAGGACGGCGACAUCUUCAACCCCAUGUACCUCCCCAUCUACCAGGACAUGACUCAGCCCCUGAGCCACUACUUCAUCAGCUCUUCGCACAACACCUACCUCCUCGGGGACCAGUUCUGUGGCCAGAGCAGCGUGGAGGGCUACAUAAAGGCCUUGAAACGGGGGUGCCGCUGUGUGGAGGUGGACGUAUGGGACGGACCCAACAAGGAGCCCAUCGUUUACCACGGGCACACGCUCACCUCCCGCAUCCUCUUCAAAGACGUCUUGGCCUCUGUGGCCCAGUAUGCCUUCCAGACGUCAGAGUAUCCCGUCAUCCUGUCGCUGGAGAACCACUGUGGCUGGGAGCAGCAGGUGGUCCUGGCGAACCAUCUGAUGGAGAUCCUUGGGGAGCUGCUGCUGAGUACCACCGACGACGACCUGCUGCCGGCCCAGCUGCCCUCGCCUGAGGCGCUUCGGAGGAAGAUUCUGGUGAAGGGGAAGAAGUUAAGGGUGAAAGAAGAGCAAGAGGAAGAGGAAGAAGAGGAAGAAAAGGAGCUCGACCCUCAGGUGGUGCAGGAACAUGAGCUGCAGAUACGGGCCCAGAAUGAGCCUGAGAGCCAGGAUAAAGAGAAUAAGGUUAGGCGGUUCCUGCUGUUUUGUUCAUCCAUCUGUUGUCACAUUACUACCCAGUCUUCCAUUCCAAAGCCCAGGCCUUUACUCUUUCUACAGAAGAAAGUCAAAUCCCUCUGGUGCGCGACCCCCUCCUCCGUGGUCAUGUACCUGAAGCCCGUGCCGUUCUACAGCUUCGCUCACUCCCGCGAGUACUACUGCAUCUAUGAGAUGUCAUCCUUCUCGGAAAGCAAGGCCAAGAGCCUUAUUAGGGAGGCGGGCAAUGAGUUCGUGCAGCACAAUGCCUGGCAGCUAACCCGUAUUUAUCCUAGUGGUCUGAGGACGGAUUCGUCCAACUACAACCCCCAGGAGCUGUGGGUCGCCGGCUGCCAGCUGGUGGCUCUGAAUAUGCAGACGGCAGGGCUGGAGAUGGACAUCUAUGACGGCCUCUUCCGCCAGAACGGCGGCUGUGGCUAUGUGCUGAAGCCAGACUUCCUGCGUGACAUUCAGAGCAGCUUCCACCCGGAGAUGCCCAUCAGCCCUUUCAAAGCUCAGAAACUUGUAGUCCAGGUGAUUAGUGGUCAGCAGCUCCCGAAAGGGGCCAAGUCCCGAGAGCAGUCCAUCCUGGACCCGCUGGUGAGAGUGGAGGUCUUCGGAGUUCGCCCGGACACUACCUACCAGGAGACCAACUACGUGGAGAACAACGGUUUUAACCCAUACUGGGGAGAGACAUUAACCUUCCGGGUCCUGGUGCCAGAACUGGCCCUCCUGCGUUUUGUGGUGAAGGAUUACAACUGGACCAUCCGGCACGAGUUCGUGGGCCAGUUCACGGUGCCCUGGAGCUGCAUGCAGCAAGGCUACCGCCACAUCCACCUGCUCUCCAAGGACGGCCUCAGCCUCCACCCGGCUUCCAUCUUCGUGCACAUCAGGACCAAGGAGGAAGAAGAGGCUGAGUCCUGAGGUGCAGGGACUGGAGGGAAGGGGAUGCCCAGCUGCUGAGAGCUGCCAGGCUGAUGCUCCGGAGAACCGCGCUGGGCAAAGCCUCAUGGUGGUUCCGACCGAAGCCCACCGUGAUCUCCCUCUCCCGACAGGCCAGCAGUGGAGCUGGGCCUCGCUCAAGCCUUGGGGAGCUCACUGCCACCACCCCUCCUUCCUCGGGCUGUAAGACUUCACAUCACCCCCGGGGGCCAAGGACUAAAGUGCUCCCCCGUUCCUGACUCCAAGAGAGAUGGCAGCGGGGAAUCCAGAGCGGGCCAGGGCUGGAGACCCCCCAAGAGCAUCUUUCUUACUUUCCUCAAAGCCCCGUCUCCAGGCUCCCCAGGCCAAGACUGGGAAAGUGGACACCCCGUACCCCUAAGAGACCACACCACAUAGCCC